AUGUUGUUUCUAUACAUCCUUGUUCAUUUAGCUGGUUCUCUUGUGGCUUUUGAUACAACAACAGAAUAUUAUACAGUACCUGUUAGUGGUAAAUGUGUUUUAACUUGUUAUGUGGCUGAAGUUCGUUCAUUUAAAGUUCUAUGGCAAAAAAUCGAUCGACCAAUUGUAGGCGGGAAUCAAACAAAUGUACAACAACAAGAACAACUUACAUUGAUUGCUUUCGAUGGAAUAGUCUAUUCAAAUAAAGAUCAUUAUCGUCUUGAAUCGGACUAUGUUGGAUCUUAUAAUUUAAUAAUUGAUCGUGUUAAUGAAGAUGAUCAAGGAGAAUAUCAAUGUCAAAUAAAUACAGAACCAAGAAAAACAAAAAGAAUAUUUCUUACAGUUCAAGUUCCACCACGUAUUGUCGAUUUUCGUCCAAAUCCACCAUUACAUUCAAUUCGUGCUGGAUCAUCUUUAACAUUAUCAUGUCGUGCUGAAGGUACACCAAUGCCACAAAUACGUUGGCGUAUUCGCGAUGUCGAUAUGAAUCAAGCCGAUCUAUUACCGCCUGAUAAUAGCAAUAUUUGGUUUAUUCCAUCCAUAAGUAAUACAUUUCCACGUACAGUUGAAUGUAUUGCUGAUAAUGGUGUUUUACCAGCUUCAAAUCGAAUAUUUACAAUAAAUGUUGAAUAUGCACCUGUCGUAAUUCUUAAUAAUGAUUUAAUUCAAACUGAACAAUAUCAAAAUGUAACUAUUGAAUGUCAUGCAUUAAGUCGACCAUUUGCUCGAAUAACUUGGGAAAAAAAUGGAAAAAUGAUUGAAAAGAAUAAAAUGAGUAACACUCGAGUUAAUCAAACAAUGACAACAAGUCGAUUGACAAUUCAGAUGAACAAUAAUGAUGAUUUAGGACAAUACCAUUGUAUUGCUGAAAAUAUUCAUGGUCGAAUGGAAGCUAUUGUACAUGUACUUCAAGAAUCUAUGCAAGGAAUAAAACAUGAAACAAAACAUCGACAUUCAAAACAUAAUUCAUCAAGAAUAAGUACAAAUCGAUUAUUAACAAUAACUCAUCCAAUAAGAUUAUCAACAACAACAAAUAUUUAUAGUGAACGUGAUAUUCAUAUUAGUUCAUCAUCAUAUCGUUUAUGGACAACACAUAUAUUAAUAUAUCUUUUGUUAUUAUUUCAAUUUCAAACUAUUUACAGAUAA